AUGGUAUGGCACAAAGGCCUGGUGGCACAGAAGAGGCAGAGGCCAUCAUUGGCUGACAACUGUGUGCAGGAGCAACCGGUGGCAGGGGACAAUGAGAUUGUUGCCCUGGGAAACAGGGUGCCCAGUGAUGUUGCGGAUUCUGGCGGCACCCUGGGCCCGGUGGAGAUGCCCGAAGGAAGUAACCGUGCAAUGCAAUUCCAUCGGAACUGUGAUCUGGGCAGUGCAUCAAAGGUGGGGCGUGGAGAGGAUAGGUCCCAGACAGUUGUGGAGGAAAUGCCAUCAGGAAGUGACGAUGCUGACCCCCGGAGCCGGAAAGCUCUUAGAACCAUCUCUGGGAACUCUGCUGGUGUUACAGCAUUGGCUGGUGGGAGAUUGUUUGCAGGUAGUUGGGAUACUGCUGAAGUGUCACCUUCUUUCAACAUUGUGAGGGGUGAUGAAGUGAAAGAGACCAACCUGAGAAAGGAGGUUGCUUUGGACACGCAACAACUAUGGACGAAUCACCACAUUAAUUCCAGCGAAGAGAGCUGUGUGGCAAGCAGGGUCCAUUUGACAGAAGAGCAUACCUAUGGUGCUGCACGUGCUGUGGUCGAUGGCCAAGCACCUGUGGGACAUCAAGCAUCAAUACAUUUGGCAUUAGGUGGCCAUCGUGUCUCUCCAUUUCCUGCUGUAUCUGAAGCUGUAAAUGAAGAACAUCAGCCGGGCAUGCAGGCCGACGUUUCCAAAUGGUCCGAUGUGAGCUUGUUAAAAGAUGGUGUGCUGCCUAAUGUCGAUGUGACAAGGAUUGUAGAUUUGCCUCAAGAAUUCGGCAGCCUGAAAGUCAGAUUUCGGAUAACUGCUGGGGAGUGUGCCUGCUGUCCUGCUUGUGACUCCUCAACACUUCAUGGUGGGGAUAUGAAGUCUGGCAGUUUGUGGCAGCAACUUGGUGAAGGGGACGAAAGUUUGGUAUUUGAUCCACAGACGGACAUGCAGCAUCGCCUCACCAUGGCAGGACAGUUCCUGUCAACGCUGCAAAGAUAUGAAAAUGCACACAUGAAACUCGGCCGAAUCCCAUCUGCUUGUGAUAUGCAUGCAAUGGAGGCGGCACUUGCUCAACACAGAAAGCAUCAUCGAAGUCAAGUGAGUGCAAAAGACCUGUCAUCGUUAGGUGGAGCUACGGAAGUUCCUGGUCACAGGAGUAGCAGUUCUGGCAUUGGCUCACCCUGGAGACGGUGCUUGUCGGUUACUUCUUCAGGCAGUUUGAGGCACACAGCCCUGAAUAUGACUGUACCUGAGGAGGCACAGCCCAGCUCCAGAGCCCACGAGGCACUGCGAGAUGAGCGCAAGACGACAGGUGUCAUGGAACCCAAAAACAAGCACAAGAUACUGGGUGCCACGGAGCCAAGGACAUUGUCUGUUGUUGAGAGGGAGAGAGGCACCAGGAAUGUUGUGCUGUUCCCUACACAGGACCUGGAAGCGCAGGGUGCCUUGCAAGGCUUUGUAUUCACUGGUGCUGUGCAGACCUCGUCUUGCUUAGUGCUACAAAUACCGCCCGCCAGCAAGGCCCCGAUUGGGGGCUCCAGUAAGCAAGAGUAUUCCCCAGUGUACUGUCCAGCCCAGUUGUCUUUGGAUGGCCUGUCUGCUACAGCCUCACCCAAAGUUUGCAAGGGCAAAGCACAGGUCAUGUCAAGCAUGCCACCAGCAAAGUGUGCGGAGAUGAGAGAGCCAAGUGCUGGCAACUGUGAGCCGCAGCAGGACGAGCCAGAGCCCCAAUCAGCUGCUGUGCCUUUCACUGCACUGCACAGCGGCACUGAAAUGUGCGAUCGUGAGUACAUUGAUGUGGUGGUUCAGCCCAUGCUCGAGCUGCAUGCUGCGGAACUUCCCGGUGCAUGCAGUAUUAGUCCCCAUGAAAACAAUGUGAAUAGGCAAAGGGGCAAAGAGAAACUGGAAGGGGGGGAUCCGCCACCCUGUUAUGACGAUGAACAAAUUAUCGCUGGGGGCUUUGGAGGGGUGGUGUGCUGA